AUGAAUGGAGCACUCACUGUAUGUACAAUUAAUGCAUCGACAAUUGAUUUAGCUAAAGAAAUAGGAGAAUCGAAUAUGUUUAUUUUUGGUAUGAAAAAAGAAGAAGAUUCAUGCAAUAACAAAUGUUCAUAUGUUAGACAACCUAUCGUCGAAAAUAAUUCUGAUCUUCAAGAAGCUAUUUUGCAGAUUAAAAAUGGAUUUUAUUCAAAUAAUUGUACGGAGUUAUGUAAAUAUUUAAUUAUAUUGCGUCAACCAUAUAUUUAUUCAAAACGUGAAAUUCGUUUAACGUACAUGAUACUAGCUGACUAUGAAAGUUACGUUCAAACCCAAGAAAAUGUUUCAAAACUAUUUAAAAAUCCGAUAGAAUGGGUUAAGAAAGUUAUAUUGAACAUUUCAACUUGUACAAAGUUUUCAAUUGAUUUUAUUGUAUUACAUCAAGCUAACGAGUUAUACAAUUUAUAG